GAAGUGACGUCAUCGAGCCGGAGGUUGGGUGAUCCUCCAACGCGGCUCUUUCUGUAGUCACACGGGCCGGGAAGAAAAACAACCCAGGCCGGGACUUUGGAGCUAGGCGGUGUCCCCACCCAUCUGGCCGUGUCUGUAUACGUGUGUAUGCGUGUGUUCUGGCCGGUGCUCUUGUGAUUCGGGAACCGGGGGAAGAUGGCGGACCCGGCGGAGUGCACCAUUAAAGUUAUGUGCCGUUUCAGGCCAUUGAAUAGCUCGGAGGUGACGAGGGGGGACAAAUACAUAGCCAAAUUUCAAGGAGAGGAGAGCAUCGUGAUCGGGGGUAAACCGUACGUGUUUGACAGAGUUUUCCAGUCCAACACGACUCAGGAGCAAGUGUACACGGCCUGCGCUCAACAGAUUGUCAAAGAUGUACUUGGUGGCUAUAAUGGAACCAUUUUUGCCUAUGGUCAGACAUCCUCCGGCAAAACACACACAAUGGAGGGAAAUCUUCAUGACACAGAUGGAAUGGGAAUCAUUCCCAGAAUAGUGCAGGACAUCUUUAACUACAUCUACUCUAUGGAUGAAAACCUGGAGUUCCACAUUAAAGUGUCAUAUUUUGAGAUUUAUCUGGAUAAGAUUCGGGAUCUGUUGGAUGUUUCAAAGACUAAUUUAUCUGUACAUGAAGACAAAAACAGGGUUCCUUAUGUCAAGGGCUGCACUGAGCGAUUUGUUUGCAGUCCAGAGGAGGUGAUGGACACUAUUGACGAGGGCAAAUCCAACAGACAUGUAGCUGUGACAAACAUGAAUGAACACAGCUCCAGGAGUCACAGUAUCUUCCUGAUCAAUGUGAAGCAGGAGAACACACAGACAGAACAGAAGCUGAGUGGAAAACUCUACCUGGUCGACUUGGCAGGCAGCGAGAAGGUCAGUAAAACAGGAGCUGAAGGCGCUGUACUAGAUGAAGCCAAAAAUAUCAACAAGUCUCUGUCAUCGCUGGGCAAUGUGAUAUCGGCCUUAGCCGAGGGCUCGACAUACGUUCCAUACAGAGACAGUAAAAUGACAAGGAUCUUGCAGGAUUCUCUGGGUGGAAACUGCAGGACCACCAUCGUCAUCUGCUGUUCUCCUUCCUCAUACAACGAGGCCGAGACCAAAUCCACCCUUAUGUUCGGACAGAGAGCCAAGACGAUUAAGAACACAGUGAGCUUGAAUGUAGAGCUGACAGCAGAGCAAUGGAAGAAGAAAUAUGAGAGAGAGAAAGAACGAAACAAGAGUUUUCGAAACACUAUCACAUGGCUGGAGAACGAACUCAACCGCUGGAGAAAUGGUGAAACGGUCCCUGCAGAGGAGCAGUUUGAUAAGGAGAAGAUGAAUGCUGAAGUGUUGGCGCUGGAUAACACAAUCAACAAUGAUAAAUUUGCAUCCACACCAAGCAUGCCGCCCGCUCCAGGGAUGCUCGGGACCCGACUCAACGAUGUUGAGAAGGAAAAAUGUGAGGUUGAACUCACUAAACUUUACAAGCAGCUUGACGACAAGGAUGAAGAGAUUAAUCAGCAGUCUCAGCUGGUGGAGAAGCUCAAGCAGCAGAUGUUGGACCAGGAAGAGUUGCUGGCCUCGUCACGAAGAGACCAUGAUAACCUGCAGUCAGAGCUGACUCGUUUACAGCUGGAGAACGAUGCCUCUAAAGAGGAGGUGAAGGAGGUGCUGCAGGCCCUGGAGGAGCUCGCUGUCAACUACGACCAGAAAAGUCAGGAGGUGGAGGACAAAACCAAGGAGUUUGAAGCCCUCAGCGAAGAGCUUGGUCAGAAAUCUAGUAUCCUAGCGUCUAUAGACUCAGAGCUGCAGAAGCUGAAAGAGAUGGCCAAUCACCAGAAGAAGAGAGUGACUGAGAUGAUGUCCUCACUGCUCAAAGAUCUGACUGAGAUUGGCAUUGCUGUGGGCAACAAUGAUAUCAAGCAGCAUGAAGGCAGUGGUCUUAUAGACGAAGAGUUCACUGUAGCCAGACUCUACAUCAGUAAGAUGAAGUCAGAAGUCAAGUCGAUGGUCAAACGUUGCAAGCAGUUGGAAAACACUCAGUCUGAGGGCAACAAAAAGAUGGAUGAAACUGAGAAGGAGCUUGCAGCAUGCCAGUUACUCAUCUCCCAGCAUGAGGCGAAAAUUAAAUCUUUGACGGAGUAUCUGCAUAAUGUGGAGCAGAAGAAGAGACAGCUUGAGGAGGAUGUGGACUCUCUCAAUGAGGAGCUGGUCAAAAUCAGUGCUCAGGAGAAAGUCCACGCAAUGGAGAAAGAGAGUGAGAUUCAGAGUGCCAAUGAGGUGAAGGAGGCGGUUGAGAAGCAGAUCCACAGUCACAGGGAAGCCCAUCAGAAACAGAUCAGCAGCCUGAGAGACGAACUGGAAACCAAAGAGAAACUCAUAACAGAGCUACAAGAUCUGAAUCAGAAGAUCUUGUUGGAGCAGGAGCGAUUGAGAGUAGAACAUGAGAAACUCAAAUCCACUGAUCAGGAGAAGAGCCGCAAACUACACGAGCUCACUUUGAUGCAGGACCGCAGAGAACAGGCCAGACAGGAUCUGAAAGGCUUGGAGGAGACUGUGGCCAAAGAGCUGCAGACUCUCCACAACCUCAGGAAAUUGUUUGUUCAGGAUCUGGCGACUCGUGUGAAGAAGAGUGCAGAGAUGGACUCCGAUGAAACUGGUGGCAGUGCUGCUCAGAAGCAAAAGAUCUCUUUCCUGGAGAACAAUCUAGAACAACUCACCAAGGUCCACAAGCAGCUGGUGCGUGAUAAUGCUGACCUGCGCUGUGAGCUUCCUAAACUUGAGAAGCGUCUGCGGGCGACGGCGGAGCGUGUGAAGGCUCUAGAGUCAGCUCUCAAAGAGGCCAAAGAGAACUCGGCCCGUGACCGCAAGCGCUACCAGACAGAGGUGGACCGCAUUAAAGAGGCAGUGAGAGCCAAAAACAUGGCCCGCAGAGGACACUCCGCACAGAUAGCUAAACCCAUCAGGCCUGGUCAGCAACCAGUAGCUUCUCCUACACACCCCAACGUGCUGCGUGGAGGCGGUGGCGCGCUCUACCCGAACACCCAACCUAUGGCUAUCAGAGGAGGUGGCGCUAAACUAGAGAAGAGCUGAAGAUGAGUUGUUUUUUUUCCCCUCACUACCGAAGAUGCAAGAACACACGGAAGUCUUCAUGGAAAUCUGUCAUUCCAUUAAUAUAAUCCCUCCUGCUGGUGCACAUGGGAGGACGUCUGAAGGGAAAUAUUCAUGGCUGUACAGUUCCACUCCCCAUCUUUUUUUUUUCUUUUCUCUCCAAAGCAAAUUAUUUUAUAAAUAUUGCACCCUCACACUCGCACUAAACAUGAUAUAUAUAAAAAAGAAAUCAAGAAAUAAAUGCAAGCAAAGUGAACAGUUGACACAGAAGCCAGUGCAAUCAGCUCUAAUCAGCCUUCAGCUGCUCUCUGCACACCUGUAACCUGUGAUUCAACUACUGCCUGAUAACUGUGCAAAAGACCUCGCUCCCAGCUAGACUUCAUACGGGUCAGCGUCUAGACUGCAGCAAGCUUGACCAGAAAAAAUCCCUGAAUCUGCAGCGGAUCGCCUGUAUCACUACAAACUCAGAUAUUGCUGUUUGAAAGGACUCUAAACAGAUUCAGUUCUGAAACCCAAUGGGUUUUACUUUCUGUAGUAACUAAUGGUUCUAAAGGGGAAGGUGGAGAGGAUUGUAGACAUGAGUAACCAGGCCUUACACAGCAGGCUAAAUGCUGGAAGCAUCUCAAUGUGAACUUCUGAUUGCAAAGGCUAAUGUUUUGUUCUUGUUGUUGUUUUAGCUAAACAGUUGAAGGUUGUCCUGUCCUGUCCUGCUUUUCCCAAAGUUUGCAUUGUGCAUAUCUAAAUUCUUAUUUUAAGAGUCAUUAAUGUCUUUAUUUAGGUUGCUUGUGUGUAUUCAUACUUUUUCUGCCUGUAUUCUCACCAAUACAUCAAUUUGUAUUUGGACUCUGGUAUCUGUAGAAGUCCAUGUGUGACAUCACUGCUUGCUUGCUCUGCCACUGUUACUGAUCAGCCAAUCAGUCUAGCAGAAUAUUUGUGUGCACAGACUUGUUUCAUACUUUAAUAACUUGCAGACAUUUGUUGCUUAAUUUGAAUUUAAAUGAGAUUUUGUGUGUGUGGAGGACACGUGCUAAUUUGGAAGAUUAUUAUUCAAGAUAGCCGUUAAUAUUAUUGUUUAGACUUUACACUCCUGAUAUUGUUAAAGGAAUGCUUAUGAAUUGUGAAUUACAGGACAUGACAACCUUCAGUUGUACUUUCAACUGUAUCGCUUUCUGGGUGUUUUGUAGCGUUAAAUGACGUCACAAGGACCAUUUAAAAGCGCAGUUGUGUUAUUAGCACUAAAUUCUUCCCUUUUCAGUGCAUGAAGGAUAAUUAAUUUACGUUCAGGGGGAAUGCCACACGUUUAAUGAAACUUAAAAUAAAAAAUAGCUAAUUUUUUAUUACUGUGUAAUAGUAACUCCAUGACUUGUUGACAGAGAAUUUCAGCAGUGGACAGAGGUGCUGGAUCAUUCCAACAGUACAAGGUGUUUUUGGAAGAUUCUGGUUGAAGGAAAAGAGUGAGAGGGGAUGAAAUUACUGAUGACACUUUCUUUCUGGAUGAACUGCAUGCAAGUAUGUGUGAUUAAAACAAUAUUCUGAAA